AUGUAUGCCUGCAUGUCUGAAGCAAGCUACGUUAUUCAAGAGUACAAGAAGCAUCCUUCUUCAGGCCCAAGGGAACUCACUCCAGCCAUGGUUCGUUCAAUAGAGGAAGCUGACAAGCCACCCAAGAGGGGAAAGAAGUCAGACACUCAGAAGGAGAAGAACGUCGCUAAAUCAACCAAGAAGAAGCCAGCUCGGAGACUAAUUCUUCAACCCACAAGCGAUUCAGACUCUGAGUAUGUUCCUCCUCUUACCAAACCUUCUACUCACUCAGACUCAGAGAGCGAAAGCUCUGAUGAUGAGGCUUUAGCUGCUCAGAAGAAAUCUCAGACCGUGAACACUUCGGUUGAUAAUCUUCAUCGUUCUCUUCAAGCUGAGAGGUCUAAUCUUGAAGCUGCUCGUUAA